AAAUGUCAUCUGAGUCUGACAUUUAAUUUGUGAGUGUGAAAUAAAGAUUUGUUUUAGAAAAAGGGUGAUUUUAUUCGAUUACAAUUUUGUGCUAUUUAUGUUCGUGUGUCUAAAAACUUCUUAAUAUAACACCCCUAAUAUCCAACUCAUACGAUGUCAACUCCACCUCGAGAAACGAUACAAAAACAAAUCCAACAAGAUUGGGCGAACAGGGAAUACAUUGAAGUUAUCACAGGAAGUAUUAAAAAGAUAACUGAUUUCCUUAACUCCUUCGACAUGUCUUGUCGAUCUCGACUUGCAACAUUAAAUGAAAAAUUGACUUCAUUAGAAAGAAAAAUUGACUACUUGGAAGCUUGUGUAACUAAGGGAGAAACUUUAACUUAAAUCAAACACGGAGAUUGUCAUUUAAUUAU